AAGUUAAGGGAACUGAGUGAAAGAGAAAACGCAGGCUGCACAAUGACGAAAUGCAGUAUUUAUAGUACUAAUAUGUACUUUCUGAGACAGCCUGAAAUUAUUGUUCAGCAGCCACAUUAUAUGGUAGUAAUUCCCCUAUUGCUCCCCAAAAGAUGGCAGUAUAUUAUUCGUGACGUCAUGCGCCGUUUACGUUGCCAACAUAGCACUGAGCUACUGAUCCCUAAGUUGGUAGUGUGUGCAUAUUACUGACAUCUUUUAGUAGCAUUGCGAGUAUUAAUUUUUUGCUUCCGUGUUUUGUGCGUUUCGGUUUUCGUAGAGGUAUCUGUGUGAAAAUAGUAAAAUAUUAAGAUCGGUCGCGACGCAUAUAGAAUUGUGAACUGUGUUGAGUAACUGCAUUGAAAUUAAUAUUAUUAUAUGCUGGAAUCAGUGGUGGUGAUGGAUCCAACUCUCAAACGCAAAAGUUUCGUGAGGUGAACUUUAUUUUGAGUUUGUUCGUGUCAAACAAAUUAUAUACAUUUACGGAAUCCUUGAUCUGUGUGAUUAAGAAACGCCGAAUUCAAUAGCUGCAAUGGGAGGAUGAUGCUGGUGACAACCAUGCUUGACAGAAAAGAUGGCGGGCUGUGACUCGGGCUGCAGCAACAUUUCCAUCAUGCAGUUGUUCCACGAGUUGAAGCAGAAGUUCCCUGCUGUCCCCGACAGAGUCGUCAGUGAGAGUAUUAGACAGAAUGCCCAUGACAGAGAAGCCUGUGAGGCGAUCCUAAGACGCGAGAACCAGGGCUACCUCCUGCAUAGCUACCCCAUUGCACUGAAGAUGUCAGCAGAGCCUGCGCACAAUCCACCUGCACUGUGUGACCAAACGUUUGUUAGUGGAGUUUCAAGAAGUGAUGUUAGUGUUCCCAACCAACAGUCCAGUAAUUUUGAGUUUGUGACUAAUGUCACUGAUGAUGGUGAUGCAACAUACAGUCAGAGGGACAGGACUGUCAGUGUGAUGACAUAUAACAGUGGUGAGGAACGACGGGACAACUAUGCGGUGAAUGUCAACUACAGUACAAGCCCCAGUACUCGUGUGCGGUCUGCACUGCAGGUCUCUCCGUCUCCACAUUAUAUAUGUGUUCCGCACCAGCAGGCACGUUCUUAUACCUCAGUCAACUUGACGCUGCGUCCACCCUCAUCAGAGCCGCAGCCUCCCAUCGACAUCCGGUCUGCUGGUUCUAGCCUGACUUACUCUACGUGUUCUUACGAUCCGCGGCAAGGCUUUCAAUCCCAGCUGCAGAUCUGUAUUGGUCCUGGUGGUGUGGGCAGUGUAUCAGCCCUCCGAACACAUGCACCACCAGUACACACGUGUUAUUCGGCAGCAUUCGGGGGACGGGAGCAGGAGGAGGAGCGACCCCAGCUCUUUGCACCUGUGCUUCUGCAGCAGCAGUUGGAGCGCAAAAAUAAACUACAACAAGAACUGCGGAAAGAGAGGGAGAACCUGCGUGCCAUGCAGCGGGAAGUCCAGGAAAUGAGAAAGGAUCUUGAGCAGCGGCAGCAGCGCAAACAGGCUGUCUCUCUGCCCAUCAUGUCCUCUGUGCUUCAGAAAGUACAGGAGUUGCGAGUGGAGAUCCAGAGGCUGCAGGAAGAGUGUAAGAGGAUGACACAGGAGGUCGACCUCAAGUUGGAUGCUCGAGUGCCACUUGGGGAGACAGAUGAGGAGUUCUACAAAAAUAUCUACACUGGGCAGCAGGGUUUUAUCUUUCCUCCAUCUUCUCAUCUUCCUCCAUCUAGACCCGCAGACUCGGCAGAGGGUCCCCACUGGACCUGCUCGCAGUGUACAUUCCAAAACCACCCCCUGUUGGACAAGUGUGAGACAUGCGAGAUGCCUCGUAUAUUGAUAGGUACGGACACCUGCUAUUGUCAUUCCACUAGCUCGAAGACCUGUCCACCCAGCUCACUGGUUAACCUUCCUGUAAUGCAUGUGAAACGAGUGCCAUCUGCUAAACUAGCGUGAGUUGUAGCGUGACUAACGGAACAAUGGCUCAAACAUGCCAUUACCUCCAUGCCAGAUAGUGAAAAAUAUUUAUGUGACUGACCUGCGGAUGCCAACUGCACUGAUUACGUUCAGUUGCUACUUCUGGACCCUGCACCAGGGGCAGACAGACUCUGUGGCCGUCGUUGAUCGGACCACGUGACUCUCAAAGAAAUUGAAGGGACCACUGUACAAUAACUGCCCUGUUGCUAAUGUAAGGCAGUAAUUAAUCAGACCAGUGUGUUUUGUUAAGUAAAUAUGAAUUAUAAAUUUUAAUAUGCAGAGUCAUAUGCUAGAGACUGAGAACACACAAGUUUCAAGGAUGUCACACCAUCAGGAGUGACCUUAGUAAGAAUGGAAAAUCAAAAUGGCCUCACACAGUCACGUCAUCUUCAAAAAUUCAUGAUCAAAAUAAAUAAAAUUCUGGUGUGUGUGUGUUAGGGCAUGGCUAUAUAUAUUCAGUGGGUAUGACAUUGUUUGAUUUGACUGUUGUGUUCAUACUCUCCUGACAGACGCAGUACCCACUUUUUAUAAUGUAAUGUGGUAUAUGCCUUUUAGUGUGUGGUUUCCAUUUAGCUGUUAGUUAUUGUAAUGGCAGCCAUUGUGUUAGUGCUUAAGGCUUCUGUUUAUCACACUUGACCUUGUGUUCAGAUAAUGUUACUUAAUGAUUUCCAAAUUAUUUGACCAUUGAUUUAUUCAGUUGCUUGUCAUCCAUAGGUGAUUUUUUUAAUUCGUUAUAUAAAUUUUCCUAAAUUUCCACAAAUUGGGGCUUUGGUCCUUUUCCUUUCUCAAAAAUUUAAGGUGGGGAUAGGGAACGGAGGAAUAGUCUAACAGUAAUAGUGGGCAUUGGGCGGGGGGACUUGUCACAGGUACCCAGUCACUUCAGAAUUCAUGUCAUGCCACUGUAAAUAGUCAUUGUUAUCACUGCUACAUUGUAGCGUGCUCUACGUAUUGCAGAAGUGAUUGUUAAGUGUGUUAAUCGUGUAAAGGGGCUGAAUAGCAGAAGACAGUUAAGCUGACAUUGAAGCAUAAGCUUCAAUUAAUUGCUGCCCUUGAUUAACAGGAGUCAGAGACAAAUGUGGCCAGAGUUGAUGAAAUAUGCAAGUGCCUGCAAUAGUGUUGCUUGACGUUUUAAGCAUGAGUGUAUGAAAAUGACAGACAAAGGGUUGGCACUGCUUUAGAAAUUUGGUUGUCACCGCACAAAAGCCCAAUUUGCUUAUGAAGGUGCGUGAGUUUAUUUCGGUGCCUGACCAGGCUGGCCAAUGCAUCAGUGUGAAAUUGCUGUGCAGGAAAAGCACAUUACUGCCAUCAUUGCUGAAACUGAUUCAUUUUGCACAGAAUUUCAGAUAUUCUUGCAGAAGAGAACCUGAAACAUAACCAGAUUCAUUGUGAGCGAGUCUGGAUUUUGUUGGACAAGACUUCACGUAAGAACUCUUGCAUUUGGAAAAGAAAAAUGUGCAUUUAGCUUGAAUAAUUCAAGGUGUGCAUCUUACAGUGAUUGGUGAAGACAAAAGCCAUGAUCAUGUAAGCACUUUCGCCCUGAUGACGGAGGCAGUAUGA